AUGCUGGUGCUCAGGGACCGAGACGUCCUGACACUGCUUUCGAGUCUUUCUCAGGAAGAGAGUCGGCGGCUACUUGAAAGGCUGCAUGACAUCUUGAGAGAAUUUUCUCGGAACACAAGGGUUGCACCCGAGGAGCGAAUGAUUCAUCAGCCGGAAAGAGAGUCCAUUACGACCAAGUUGGGCAACACAUCCCUUUUCAUGCCCUCGUCGACCACCACCUCGACGGGUAUCAAAGUUGUCACUCUCAGCUCUGGCGGCUUGAAAGGCUCCAUCAAUGUUUUCGCUCCGGAGGGCGAUUUGCUUGGAGUUUUGAAUGCGGCUGAAGUCACUGCUUUUCGAACGGCACUGGCCGUCAUGAUCCCAUAUGCCCGAUACCAGCAUUCGAAGGCGAAAGUUGUCGUCUUUGGAGCUGGCCGACAAGCAGAGUGGCAUAUCAAGUUGGCACUUCUCCUGAGCGACAUCAAACAAGUCACUGUCGUCAAUCGGAGCAGUCCGCGAAGGAUGGAGCUACUGUUCGAGGAGAUGGCGCAAAGAUACCCAGAAACAAAACUCACGCUGCUACUGAAGACAGCUCCAGACUACGAUUCGCAACUGCGCAGCCGUCUUGAAGACUCGGAUGUUAUCUUUUGCUGCACUCCAGCGACUACACCACAUUUUCCCUAUACCUAUCUCAGUGCAAAGCCACGGUUCAUAUCGCUGAUAGGAUCUUACAAGCCCUUCAUGCAGGAGGUUGAUUCACAAACAUUGCUCUCUGGAGGUCGCAUCUACGUGGACACCAAGGAAGGGUGUCUUGUUGAGGCGGGAGAACUGAUCAAAGCUAAUGUCACCGCAGAUCAGCUUAUCGAAAUUGGCGAGCUUCAUGGCGACGACCCGCUAACAGCGGCUGGGAACGUGGUCUUCAAAUGUGUAGGGUUGGGCAUCAUGGACAUCGUUAUCGCCCGAGAACUGCUUGCCAUGGCGGAAGAGAAGGGUCUUGGACUACUUGUCGAUGAUUUUUGA